AUAGAUUACACAAUACACCUCCCUCUAGCAUAAUUGCCUGCCUCCUCACCAACUCUCGGGGUCUUGAUUUAAUGUUAUUUCAAUUUGUUUGUUGUAAUAAAACACAUAAUCUAAGCUUAAAGCUCAGUCAACUUAAUAAAACCUGUUAACCUGUACCUGACGGGCCAAAUAGAUUUUACUUUUCAAAUUGUAGAUACUUUCAAUUUAAACAAAACAAGGGGGAUUUACACAGCAUUCCGCGCGGUGUCACGAAAAUGGUAAACUUACCUGUUUUGUGAGACAUCCGAUGCAUUUACUUGGAAUUUAUUUUUAUUAUGAUUUUGUUAAGCUCGAUGCUAUUACAUAAUUUAAGUAAAAGUUAAAUCGCUUAAGCACUGUAUACAAAAUUGAGAUAAAGUUCAUCUGAAACGCAAUGGAUCAUCACUUGAUGGCGUUUCACUGGGACACAGAUGUUGGAUUGUUCCUCUUUCCGGGACUUGAUAUUACUGGAGUUCCUGCUUUGAUAUUACUUUGUGGAAUUUUAAUUCUUAUAUCAAUUGUCUAUGAAGCUGUUAAGGUCUUCCAGACAAACUCAAAGUCGAAGAUUGCUCGUGAACGAUUCAGAUCGGUCUCAUCAGCUACUGAAACGACAAAUUUACUUCUAUUAGAAAGAAGACGAUCACGAUCAAAUCCGUCUGAAAACUGCAAUUCAAAAAAACUGCUUAGUAUAUUCGCUCAGGCACUGGUAUUCCUAUUUCAAAAUGUUACCAGCUAUUUGCUUAUGUUGGCAGUUAUGGUGUACAAUAUUUAUGUGUUCAUAGCUAUAGUCUUCGGUAUGGGUUUGGGCUAUUUUCUUUUUGGUCACAUAUCGAUGAAGAUCAAUAUGGAAAACAUUCGUGCCAGGACAACAAAUGCAUUGUGUGAGGAAAGGAAUCGUGCUGAUGCUGGAGUUGCCAACACGAUAUCCAGAAAUGUUGAGGAUCAAGGAUCCAGAACACCAGUUGACAAUCAUAAUUUCCGAAACCAUAGUGCCAAUAAUUAUGAAACUGUUUCAAAUGUUCCAUCAGAUGUAGAAAUUCAUCCAUGCACUAGCGCACAGGAUACUGACAAUCACCACACGUGUCGACUGUGAUUUUAACAUGCAAAAAUAUGACAAUACCUUUGUGCAUAUUUAUAUUGCUUGUAUUUUCAUGAUAUAUUAUGAACUAUUUUUAUGUAAUAUUAAUCUAACUUUAAAUGUUGUAUAACAAAGAAAACGAACAAAGAAAAAAAAACAUUCCAAAUAAGAAUAUUUCAGGAUGUGUGUAAAAAAGAACAAAUAAUAUAAAGAUAUAUAAAUAUUUCUUAAGAAAUUCGUAUUACCAUUUACAAGUUGUUGCAGGCAACAAGUAACCACAUACCCGCGCAAAAAUGUUUUUUUUUUGUUUUAAUUUAAAGCCAAAUUUAUUAUUGUGUUUUGCCUUAAUUGUUUUUCGCUCAAAAGAAACGCCCUCUAUGGAUUUUAUAUAUACAUACAAUUUACAUAUUAUAUAAUGUUAUUUUUUUAUAUACAAAAAUAUAUUCAUAUUCUGUUUACAAAACUAUAUUAAAAUAAAUGCAUACUAGCCCUAAUAGUUUUA